AUGUCUACCCUCGCCCAGCCCCCGACAUACGAUGCAACCACCACCGCAGAUACCCAACUCACACCCUAUCUCCAACUUUCACACCUUCUCUCACUGACAUGGCUUGCCUACCCCAUCCUUUCUCUCAUAUUCGUCGCCUUUCGCCUUCAGUUAUCCAUGACAUCUUUGGAGAACUCCAUUUUGAGUGUCAAGUCAGAUAUUCUAUCAAGCUGCAAGGCAGCAGAACAUGCUGCCACUGCAGCCGCAAGCAUGCCCCGCUACAUGGCCCUCGCAACCAACGAGCAGUUUGCUGAUGCAGUCAACGGCUCUUUGCAUGCUGCACGCGUUGCUCUCGUAGUUUCGCUUACUGCAAUGGAAGCCAUCAUCAACUUUAUCAUCGACACCUAUCGUUCUACGUUCUUUUGUUUCUUGGAGCUUGUGGUCACCGGGGGUCUUGCAGUCCUGAUAUCUGCUGUUCAAGGGAUCAACACUGUUCUCCAAAGCGUUACGGGCAGCCUUCGUACCAGCAUUCAGAGUGAUAUUGCCUCUGCCAACAGCGUCAUCCAGAACGCCAUCAAUGCUAUUAACAAAGUCAAUCCAUUUGGAAACAUCAAUGCGCCCCAGAUUGCCGUACCUAGUCUUGAUGCACUGCAAAAUGUUACUUUGCCUGCUUCCUUUCAAGAUGCUCUGACAAGUUUGAACGCCUCAAUUCCAACCGUGGCAGACCUGAAGGGCGCAUUGGAAUCAAUCAUCGACACUCCUUUCGAGCUUUUGAAGACAGACAUCAAUGACACUUUUACCGGCCUAUCUUUCAACUCAUCGAUCCUUCCCGUUCCGGAGCAGAACCGUCUCUCCUUUUGCAAUGAUGUUGAUUUGUCCGUCAUUGACGAGAUCGGACGUGACUUUAUAAAAAUUGCCAAGAUUGGAGUUGUCAUCAUUAUUCUCCUCGCCCUUCUCCUCAUCGGUUUCAACUGCCUUUUGACAUGGUACAAAUGGCGCUGCAUGAAGAGACACCUGGAAUAUACUCGCCAGGCUUGGAACACAGAUCCCACUAUGAUCCAUACAAAGACCUCCUCAUCCUCACCACCACAGGUUAUCCUCACCGACCAUAACUUGAUGAUUCUCCAUGCAAACUCAGCUCAUCCGCUAAUCACCCGCAUAAUGAACCAGUUAUCAGCACGUCUUCGCUUCAGCCCUUCGCAUCACACAAAUCUUCGAUGGUUCCUCCACUAUAUCUUCCAUGCUCCUGCCCUCGCUUGUUUCCUCAUUGGUUUCUUCGGUUUACUAUCUGUCGAAAUCCAGUUGCUCGCGAUGGGCCCCAUUGUCCACAAGUUCGAGGAUAGUGCGGCAGCCGCUGUAUCCGAUUUUUCCAACGUUAUUGCGGCAUCUAUCAAUGACAGCAUGUUCAACCAAUCUGCACUCUAUGCCAAUGACAUCAACAGUCGGGUAGACGUCAUUCAAUCCACCAUUAACAACGGUGUGUUUGGGUGGGUAAACAGCACCACCUUCACUUUGAAUGCGACGAUCAACGCGUUCUACACUGAUAUUCAGAAGGCUGUGUCAACUGUAUUCAACGGCACUGUUCUGGAAAGCCCCGCCAAUGAUUUUAUCAAGUGUUUCAUUGGCGGCAAAGUGGACGCCAUCGAGAACGCCUUGACAUUCUUGCACGACAAUUUACAGAUCGACAUUCCACGGGUCAACGAUUCCAUUCUCGUCCUUUCACCGGCGUCGGUUCACGAGGCUACGGCUCCGAUUGCAGCAGCAGCGAUUGGAGGCGGCCCUAACGACAAGGAAGGUCUCAUUGGACGACUGGUUAAAGCGUAUACAGCGACGUUGAAGAAAGAGCGUGUGAUGUUCGGGCUUUUCCUGGCAUUAUGGGGAAUAGUUGUCCUCAUGGGUGUCUGCAUUCUCAUUUGGAACACAUAUGGCCAA